CGCACGUCUGCACGCGAAUCGUUCAUUUGAUAAGAAUCGGGUAGCUGGAGAUUGCCCGACAUAUAUAGUGACUUCACUAAUCUGAUUUAAUAAUAGUGCUUCGUGUUUUUCAUCCGCAAAGCAUGGACUCAAGCAGGGCUUCGUUAAUUGCACGAACACACACUCUCCCAGCACCACCACCACUACCCCCGCCAGUGGCGGGUAUACCGCACCUGUUACCACACGCACCGGUGGAUCCAAGACAAGUUUUGCUGUCACAAGAUUAUUUCCACAAGAUUUGGAGUCGGAUUUGUGACCCGCUUGCUUUCCGAUCCAGCAGCAUCGGCGGAAGUAAGCCAAAGGUCGCAACGCCAUCUGUCGUCACAAAAAUCGAGGAACUCAAGAGGAAUAACCCAACGAUGUUUGCUUGGGAAAUCAGAGACAAGUUACAGAGUGACGGUAUUUGUGAUCAAUCCAAUCUACCUAGCGUCAGCUCCAUUAACAGAAUAUUGCGAAAUCGUGCAGCCGAAAGGGCCGCUUCAGAAUAUGCCCAAAUGGCGUCACAGAUGUUACAUCCUCUGUACCAGCCAAUGUGGACACAGGCAUUAGUGCCACCUACAAUCCAGCGUGCUCUCCCUUUGUUGAAGACUCCAAGUUUGUACGAAUCCAGUAAGGCGGAACCCACCUUGGAUAACAGUUUAGAAGAAGAUGACGCUGACGAGGACAGUCCCGAAAGUUCCCAGAAGUUGCGCCGCAACAGAACGACUUUCAGUCAAGACCAGCUAGAUGUGUUGGAGAAGGAAUUUCAGAAGACCCACUAUCCAGGGGUGACAACUCGUGAACACCUCGCCACCAAAACUAAUCUGUCAGAGGCGAGAGUCCAGGUGUGGUUUUCCAACAGACGAGCCAAAUGGAGGCGCCACCAGCGACUGAAGAUUCUGCAAACGUCGAAUCCCUUCCUGUUCCGCUACCCGAACUUACCUUUCCCUUCGUGUGACCCUGCUCGUCACCCGUAUGACCUUCUUGCCCAGAGGUCGUCAUCCCAUUCGAACGUGCCCCAGCAACCACUGCUCUCCCAUCCGUCAUUACACCUUACAGAGCCGUUAUCGUUAGUUUCGCAUUCAUCAUUGCGGCGGACCAGUAGCAGUGUUGCAAUAGGAAGUGAAAAUUCGGCAUUCCACCCCGUUGACAAAUAAAUGCAGAACAUUGUAUUAUUUAUUUUACCUAUUUAAUAUUAUUUUAUUGUUCUACAGUAUUUACUUACUGAUGUAUAUUAUUUUAUUUAUUUAUUUAUUAUGUAUAUAUA